UCUCUCACCUCCUCCUCUGCACUCUUUCGCACUCAUUCACGAACUCUGCUCGUCACUUGUGUGGACCGAGGACUAAUGAUUACAAGGCUUUGAACUGUCUCUGGAACAGGACACGAGCGCCAAUUCCACGGCUGCAUCUCAUCCAUCCACCAUCUCCUUACCCUUGGACGCGCUGCGGCGAAGGCGAGCGCUUUGCUCAGGAUGUCGCGGCUCAUUAUCAAGAAUCUGCCCUCCUACCUCUCCGAGGCGAGGCUGAAGGAUCACUUUUCCACAAGGGGCAAAAUUACCGACGUCAAGCUGGUCAGAAAAUCGGAUGGAACAAGUCGAAGGUUCGGCUUUGUUGGUUUCAGAGACGAGCAAGCGGCCCAGGACGCCAAGGAGUACUUUGACAGGACCUUCAUAGACACUGCCAGGAUUGCCGUGGACUUUGCCAGAGAGGUUGGUGACAGUCAGCUGGCCGAAUCAAAGGCCAAGCGAGCCCAGAAUGCCGUUCCGUCUGUUCACGAAGUCGGUAAUAGCGACGCCUCACGUCCUCAUAAGAAGCGAGCCCUCUCAAACGCCAAAGGCGCAUCAAUCACCAAAUCUGAAGCGAGAGGCAAGGAUCAAGGCAUCUCCUUUGAUCAGUUUAUGGCAGUCAUGGCACCCAAGAACAAGCGCAAGGCGUGGCAGAACGAGGAGGAGAUGGCGAAUCACGAUGAUGGUACUGCCGCUGUCGCCGCAGAGGAGAAAGCGUUUGCAGACUCGAUCGCCGCGAAAGAAGAGCGCAAGCGCGUCAAAAAGGAGCGCGCGGCUCGAAAAGCAGCCGAAACAGAUUUGAAAGGAGCAGAACCAGGCGGCUCGGUAAAUCCCACCGAAGAGGCGGAUGAUGCGCCCGUCAAGGCCGAUGCGGCGCUGGACGACGAAGGACUGACGGAUUUGGACUACAUGCAUCGGCGCAUGCGAAGAAAGAUAGGCGGCGACGAUGAGGAGGAGGUUACGAAUGCCACGACAAAGCCAAAGGAAUUCGAUCAGUCGGACAGCGAAGAUGGCGACUCCGUAUCGGACGCAGAAUCUAUGAUGAACGAAGAGGAGGCGGCGAAAGCCGAGAAGCAGCGACAGGAGCUGGCUGUCAAAGCCCAGCAGGAACAGGAGACCACAGACACCAUCAUGGAAUCGCGUCGUCUCUUCGUCCGCAACUUGCCCUUCACGGCCUCUGAGACGGAGUUGGAGGAGUUCUUUGGACAGUGGGGAGCGGUGCAGCAGGCGCACAUUCCGCUCGACAAGACCACGAAGACCUCGAAAGGCAUGGCCUUCGUCCGAUUCGUCGACCCUUCGAACGCGCUCUCUGCCUUUCGCGAGUCGAACGGCACGAUCUUUCAGGGACGGCUGUUACAUUUACUGCCAGCUGUAGAGACGCGCAAAGAGUUGGAAACGGAUAGUGCCGCUAAGAGCAAGUCACUCAAGGCUCAGCGCAAAGAUCAGCGCAAGGAUGAUUCGGGCAAGGAAUUCAAUUGGGGCAUGUUGUACAUGAGUGCCGACGCCGUUGCAAGCAGCGUCGCCCAGCGCCUUGGAAUUGAAAAGGCUCAAGUCGUUGGUGCAGAUUGGGACGCAGACGGAGGUUCCAAAGGUCUUGGCCCCGCCGUAAAACUUGCUCUCGCAGAGACGAGGGUCAUCCAAGAAACGAAAGCGUUCUUGGAGCGAGAGGGAAUCGAUGUCGAGGCUUUUGAAGCUCGGAAUGGAGUCAGACCACAACGCAGCGAGACGAUCAUCUUGGUCAAGAACAUUCCUUAUGGAACUUCGGCAGCCGCUCUUCGUGAGCUCUUCGAGAGGCACGGCGAAAUUGGAAGAGUCUUGAUGCCGCCUGCGGGUACGAUGGCCAUCGUUGAGAUGAUCUUACCUGGCGAAGCUCGCGUGGCCUUCAAGGCUUUAGCUUACAAAAGGAUGGGGAACAGUAUCUUGUACCUCGAGAAGGCACCGGUGGGUCUUUUGAGGAAGGACGAGGAAAAUGCUAAGACUGCGGCGCCUAGCGUACCUGCGCCACCAACGAAGGAAGCGCAAAUGCUUGGCUUGGGCAAUGGCUCGGGCAACGAAGCCCUUUCAGAGCCUGGCGCGACUCUGUUCAUCAAGAAUCUCAGCUUUGCCACCACGGACACGGGGCUAGCAAAAGCCUUCCAAAGCCAUCGAGACUUUGCGUUUGCUCGUAUCCAGACGCGCCCAAAUCCACGUGCCGGAAAUGAUCCGGGCGCGAGCGCUCGUCUAAGCAUGGGUUUCGGCUUCGUUGGUUUCAAGAAUGUCGAUGCUGCCAAGUCGGCCUUGAAGGCAUUGGAUGGCAAGGAUCUGGAUGGUCAUACUCUCAGCAUCGCUUUCGCCAAGCGCGGACAGGAGGAAGACGGUUCGAGCAACACCUCGAGCGCCAAGAGCCAAACCUCGACCACGAAGCUGAUGAUCAAGAAUUUGCCUUUCGAAGCCACAAAAACGGACGUGCGACAAUUGUUUGCUGCUCAUGGCCAACUGAAGUCGGUGCGGGUGCCACGAAAAGCAGCGACAGGCUCUUCGAGUGCUGGUGGAGCGCGCGGAUUCGGCUUUGUCGAGUUCACUACGCGAAGAGAAGCGGAGGCUGCAAUGUCUGCGCUCAAGCAUACUCACCUGCUCGGAAGACAUCUCGUCAUUGCCUGGGACAAGGAGGACGCCCAAGGGGUCGAGGGUGUGAGGAAGAGAACCGUCCGUGCGCUCGGAGAGACUGCAGGGGAGGAGAGCGUGGCGAGAAAGAGAAAACUCAAGCUGACCGAAGAGGAUAUCGCGGAGGCGGCACAGAAGGAGCUUGAAGAGAGGGAUGAAGACGAUGAUUAGCUUUUGCUCUCGGCAUGCCGUUUGACUUUGUACAACUGCCAAGCAUGUAACACUACUACUACCGCACUUUGCUUCCCCAAAUCAACAACGUCGCGCUUGUACC